AUGUACUCCCACCUGCCGUAUAGCCCAAAAGGAAGCCAAGUGGUGCGUGUGGCUCAGUGGACCCCCCAGCGUGGUCUAGCCAUUCGAAGUGGCUCAGCGCUCUUCCCUGAGAAAUUCGAUAACUUUUACGGAGGUACGAUCAAUGUGACAGCGAAAAACUAUAAGCCUCUGUGGUUUGAGGUAGACGAGGUCGCAGCCAGUGGUAGGGUUACGAAAAGAACGACUGGGAUGGACUACCUACUUCUUGAGGCCGUGUCGAAGAGCUUGAAUUUUACGUACAACAAUCUCUAUGUCGAUUCGUGGGCUGAGGCUUUGGACCUCACAAGCCAAAGGGUCUCCUUCGUCACCCCCGUCUACCACGCCGUCCUCGCCACCCGCCUGAAGCGCUUCGACUACAGCUUGGGCUACACGUUUGCCUUCAUCUCCUUCAGCAUGAAAAAGCCUGAGAUUCAGCCUCAGUGGCAGAGUCUGUAUUACCCUCUGGCGGACCAAGUGUGGCUGGCUAUCCUGCUGAGUGUGGUUCUAGCGCCGGGGUUCCUCCUUAUAAGAAACAUUGCAAAAUAUAGGAUACAAAUAAUACAUUCAACGGUAAGAAUUUGUAAUUUGUACAACCAAUCCGAAACUGGUUCCUCACGCCCCCAGGUGGCCCGCAUGGAGGCUGCUCUCCUGGGGGUUCGAGACGCGAUGACGCUUCGAAACGGCUUCACUCUGUUGUUCGGAUCGCUGCUUGGGCAAAGCGUGGACAUGGGGAAGACCACCAAGAACGGCUUCCGCGUGCUUGUGGGAGGAUGGUUGAUCUUUGCUUUCAUCAUAGGAACGGCUUAUCGGGGGAACCUGACCGCAGCUCUCACCCUGCCCAAGUACCCGCCGCGACCCGAGACGAUCGAGCAGCUCGUGGGCAAUGCUAAAACGGUAACCAUCAUGCCGUGGGGAAAGGACUUCAAGACAUACUUUAAGGAUUCGGAGUCUCCCGUGUUCGAAAAGUUGUCCGAUUUGAUGCUCGUGGGAAUUGACACCGUCGAGGGACUGCAGCAAGCGAUCGACUCGAGGUGGGAAGAAACUGGAAGAACUGGAACUUUAACUGGAAUAGUGUUUAAGAUGGCUUACCUGAAUGAGUAA